UUGAAAAGAACAUGUAUGGCGUCACCAGCCCGCGACAAACAUGUUGAUGAAAUCGCUAGUAACGUAUACAUUCAUGCGUGUAUGUCCUUAAAAAACCUCACCUGUCGUGUUGGUUUUACAGAAAUGUUUUGAUAUGUUACGUCCGUCCCAUUCUUUGAGGACGAUGCUGGCGGUCAGCCGGUUGUUUUGCUGUUAUCGCAGUCGUUCAACGCCGUCUGGACUCUGUGUUGUGCUCCACUGUCGUCGUCCAGGACCGCCGACGACCACAGCCAGGUCGGGGCUUCUCUCCUCACAGGACCAGCCUGGUGGUCAUACUUUGUUACCUGCUGAUAGAUGUGAAGCUCGUCUUAGCAGUUCUAGAGAGUUCUCAACUUCGCAGAGUAUCAGAAGUGACGCUAUUGGGCAGAUCCAGUCAAAACAUUAUCGACUCGUUUACACAUGCAAGGUUUGCUCUACCAGGUCCACGCAGACGAUAUCCAAGCUGGCUUAUCACAAAGGUGUUGUGAUUGUGACAUGUCCAGGAUGUAAAAAUCACCAUAUCAUCGCUGAUAACCUCAGCUGGUUUUCUGACCUGGAAGGGAAGAGAAAUAUUGAGGAAAUCCUUGCUGCCAAAGGAGAGACUGUAAAGAGGAUUGAAGGAAGUGCCGCUUUGGAGAUUGUGGUGGAUGAAUCUAUCAAAGACAAGUCACAACAUGGUGAAGACACCGAGAAAUCAGACAAUGACCCAGAAAAACAAUAAUGCUGUGUUUAUACUGUACAUGUAUAUUGUAAGAUGUUUAUAUUAAAUUCCAUUAUUAAAAAAACAAUGCAUGUCUUUAUGGAUUCUGAGCAAGGAAAAAGGGAGCUGAUCGAGAUAGCUUUUAAUAUCAGGGGAUAGAACUAUAAUUCCAGCUAACUGAUUUUAAAUUCAACUUUCAAAGGCAGGUAUUAAAACUAUUCGUACUAAAUUCAUAUUAGGUAAUAAUCUGUCAUUUUCUCGAAUUGAACCUCGUAUGAUUUCAUGUGACAAAUUUUGAUUGAUAUUCAGAAACAGAUUGUAUAUGUGAAUUACUGAUAAUGCUUAUAUGUAAUGAUAAUGUAUUGUAUUUUAUCUAAAUAUUUAAUAAAGUUCCGCUCCAAUUGUGUAUCUGUA